CAACAACAACCACGGGCAAGGGGUUAGUUACUCAUCCAUCCUGUCGCCUGUCGAGUCAUCGUAUCCUCAGUCUUGGACUCGCCCUCGGAUCCAUAUAAGACGGGCCUAGGAUCCCACUUACAUGAACGCCGUGUCUCACUCUAUAUCCUUCAUCGCCCUGUCUCCCAUCCAUCCCUCACUCGGUGUCUGGUGUCUUACAUAUCCCACCUCACACACACGCGCAACCACCACCAGUAUAUACCCGCCAUCAUCAUCAUCAGAAUCAUCAUCACCGCCAUGCGCUCCCCCAUCCUCCUCUCCUGCCUGCUCGCCGGGCCCGCCGCCCUCGCCGCGGACCUCGCCCAGGCCGUCGGCGGCAUCGCCAUCGGCGUGCCCCCCGCGCCCACGCCGCCCCCCGUCGCCGCCGCGCCCCUCGACCGCCGCGCCAUCGACCGGCAGUGCCUGAGCUCCGUCGUCUCCGAGCUCAGCCCGCCCACCUCGGGCGUCGACUCCAAGCUCAUCAGCUGGGCCACGCGCCAGGCCGCCACCCUCGGCGGCGUCCCCGCCGGCUGCACCAUCACCGCCCCCGCCUCCCUCUCCUCCGCCUACGGCAGCUACCUCGACAUCCUGCGCACCUACUUCUCCACCAUCGAGUCCAAGGCAAAGGGCAUCAACACAAAGUGCGGCGCCGACAAGGUCUCCCUCACCUUCUCUCAGGGCUGCACCAGCAGCCUCACCCUGCUCUACACCGACGCGACCGCCACCAAGACCACCUCGUACUCCAACGUCGAUGUCCCCAAGAAGACCAUCUUCCUCGGCGAGGGAAGCGGCAGCGGCAGCGGCAGCGGCAAUGGCGGUGGCAGUGGCAGCAGCGGCAAGGAUAGCGCCGCCGCCGUGAGCGCCCCGGUCGUGGGCUCCGCCGUGGCCCUCGCCGCCGUGCUCGCGGUUGCGCUCGCGCUGUAAAGACUCGGAAUAUACGCUUUUAAUGAAGGUGGCUAGACAUUUCUUGGACAAGGACGCAGCGGGUGCUUCUUUCAAGUUUUAUGAGCUGGUGUGGCAUAUACGUAAACGCGACAUGAUACCGAAUUGAAUUUAUAACGUGAGGGGACCGUUUCCCCCUCCCUCUCCCA